AAAGAAACCGCAAGCAAAGGAAAAUAUGAUUUUCAAUUGACAACAAUUAAAGGUUAUGAAGAAAAAUGGAAACUUUUAGAAAAACUGGAAAAUAAAACACAAGAAAUUGAUGACAAAAUCGAAGAACAUUUCGAAGAAAUACGUAUAUGUUUUAGAACGGAUGUUUUUGAUCCUACACAUUGGGAUCUAUAUGCGGCCGCCAAUGAAGAUUUGUGCACUCUUUAUAUGGAACACAAUAAGGAAUUAUGUUUGAUGGCCGGAAAUUCUGUUUUCAAUGUGGGCUUAAGGAGACGUGUUUCAUCAGUUAUGGUGGAACGUUUAAAAGAAUUUGAGUCUAAAAUCGACAGCAUGAUCGAUAAGUUAAAGGAAAUCAAGCAGAUGGCCAAUAAGGCCUCAGGAAAGCAGAAAUGUAUUGAAUAUAUAGUAAAUGAUAUUGAAGAAAAUACGCUGCUCUUUAGAUAA